GUCAAGUGGAACGCACGCUUUUGGUUUCAGCUACGAUUUUAUAGUGAAAUGAAUGUAUAUCCCGGCUGUGUCUAAAUGCCAAGUUACCCCUAGCAUGUCUAGGAGAUAUGCAGGAUGACUUGGAUCAGUUAUGUGGAGUCUCAAGUUCCUGCCAAUGCGUUGAUUGGUUUAAAGCUAUGUAUAUUCCUUGAAUUUUGCUGUACAGCUUACGUCCAUCCACACUGAGAAAAUAGUUAAGGAAAUUUUCUGCGAUAGGUUCUCGUAUACUAGUAGCACCAGAUCUGAAUGAUAUCCACAUAUAGGCCCACUUUUCAUGUGUCUUUCCUCUUGUUUUCUUACAUUUUCUUGUGUGUUUGGAUGUAAUUCCAUCUCUGUCAUGCCAGAACAUUCUGCAAGAAUAUCCAUUUCCUGUACACCUAGUCGGGAGAACAGCGCAUCAUGUCCAACAAUAUCUCUUCUUUAUCCCUUCUUCAUGGCCCCUCCGAGCCAGCCCUAAAAUCAUACUCUAUUGGUCAACUCCUCAACCAGCAGGCAGCCUACUUCCCAACCAAGGAGGCAGUCAUCUUUCCAGCCGAGAGUGUUAGAUAUACCUAUCAAGAGUUGGAUUCAAGGGUACGAACUGUUUCCCGCGCACUCAUAACGCAUGGAAUCAAAGCCGGUGACCGCAUCGGCGUCUUCUGCGGCAACUGCGUGGGAUAUGUAGAGGUUUUCCUGGCAGCAACUAGAAUCGGGGCGAUUACAGUAUUGCUCAAUAAUGCAUACUCAACUACAGAAUGCUUCAAUGUACUCAGAACUACCGGCUGCUCGUUGCUGUUCACUGCAACACAUAUCGGACAGCGUGACUUGGCCUCUUGUCUGAGGGUUCUUAAAACUUCGUUAGAUGGGGACGAACUCCCUGAUUUGAAGCAAAUUGUUCUGCUAAAGACGUUUGGCAACAUCCUAGAGCAGUUCCAGUCUUUUGAUAACUUCCUCGGCGAGUCGAGCACAAUACCAGACUCAACACUCUGUGAGAUAGAGCAAAAGGUCCAAGCCGACCAGACCUGCACUUUCCAAUUCACAAGUGGCACAACUGGGGCCCCGAAAAUCGCCAUGCUGACACAUAAGAACGUCAUCAGCAAUGCUUAUUCCAUCGGCCACCGUCUACUACUAUCAGAAAAAGAUAUAGUCUGCUGUCCCUACCCUCUAUUUCACAUUUCCGGACUAGUAAUAGGCCUUCUUUCCUGUCUGGCAUACGGAGCCGCUAUUGUAUACCCGUCACCCACAUUCGACCCCUCGGCCGUACUCAACGAAGUCGUGCGAGAAAAGUGCACAGGACUUCACGGUGUGCCGACCAUCUUCAUUGCUCUUCUGGAGCGGUAUCGGCAGCUCAAGGCUGGCCCAAUCCACCUCAGAACAGGUCUUAUAGGUGGUGCACCAAUUCCCGCAGCUUUACUUAAGGAGAUGCAUAAGCAAUUCGGGUUCGAAGAUCUGGCGGUGGCUUACGGAAUGACUGAAACGUCCCCGAUCAGCUUCAUGUCUCGAUCAGCAGAUCAGCCAAGUGAUGCGGUAGUGCAUAGAGAUAUACUUCCUCACACGUUUGCCAAGAUAAUCGACUCAGCGGGGAAUGUUGUAUCACGAGGAACACGCGGUGAACUCUGUAUCGCAGGGUCCGGAGUGCAGAAGGGAUACUAUCGAAAUCCUGAGAAGACUCUUGAGGCGCUUAAAACAGAUCCCUCUGGGGUUGUAUGGAUGCAUACGGGUGACGAAGCGGUUCUGGAUGCACAAGGACAUUGUGUCAUCACUGGUCGGAUUAAGGAUAUUAUCAUCCGAGGAGCGGAGAAUAUCUAUCCGGCAGAGAUUGAAGAACACUUGAACAAACACCAUGCCAUUUCUCAGUCCUGUGUCGUCGGGGUCAAACACGAAACUUUGGGCGAGGAAGUAGCAGCUUUUAUUCAAAGCACUCCUGGCCAGCCUCGUCCUUCUGGUUCUGAGAUCAUUGAGUGGUUGCAAAAAAGCUUGGGGGCCCAGAAAGUACCCACGUGGAUCUUUUGGUUGGGGGAUGACGAUGUGCCCGUUGUCUUUCCGAUUACUGAUAGUGGGAAGAUUCGGAGGAAUAAGAUGGCCAAUGUGGGAAAUAAGCUGGUUGGAAAAUAUACAGAAAUGUUAGCCGUACAUGGUAGUACUUAA